AUGAUGGCACACAUGCAGCUCAGGAGGCAGAGUCUCUUCCCUAAUUACAAAGUCACAGAUUCAGACGUGAACCGUAGACCCUCGGAGAGUGCUUAUCCACUAGCGAAGGAAAGCUGUGUGAAGACAUGGAACUCCAUGCAGGAGCUGAGCAGGGACAUCUACGACAUCUAUGCAGAGUACGAGGACGAAGAGGAUGACGGGGCUCUGUACGCCCUCUCUAAGCAGAUCUCACCCUCUAAGAAAAACUACAUGAUCAACAUCAAUGUAGGAGGGAAACCGUACAAGAUCGCCUACAAGAUGGCAGCAAAGUACCCCAAGACUAGAAUAGGACGUUUGGCCACCUACACGGACCACAAUAUGAAGCUGGACCUGUGCGACGACUACACCGUGACCAACAAUGAGUUCUUCUUCGACAGGGACCCUGAUGUCUUCCACAGCAUCUUCAACUUCUACAGGACUGGCAUGCUGUGGAUCAAGGACGAGCUGUGUCCCAGGAACUUCCUCGAGGAGAUCAACUACUGGGGUGUGAGGAUCAAGAACACCCACCGGUGCUGCCGCAUCUCCUUCGAGGAGAGGCAGGAUGAGUUGAACGACCAGCUGAAGAUCCAGAGGGAGCUGGAGGCUGAGUUGGAGAUCGAAGAGAACGAGGAGCUUUUUCAUGACAUGUUCAUGGGACAGAAGCGGCGGUACAUCUGGAACUUAAUGGAGAAGCCAUUUUCAUCUGUGAAGGCCAAGCUGAUGGCGGUGGCCUCCAGUUUAUUCGUCCUCAUCUCCCUGGUGGCAAUGACUCUGAACACAGUACAGGAGAUGCAGUACAGGACUCCCACAGGUCACCUGAGUGGUAAAACUUACUGGGAAUACGUCGAGUCUAUGUGCAUCGCCUUCUUCACCAUGGAGUACCUGCUUCGCCUGGUGUCCACGCCUGACCUCAAAUCCUUCAGCAGGAGCGUUCUCAACACCGUAGACCUGAUCGCCAUCCUGCCCCAGUACCUGCAGGCCAUUCUUGAGUUCUUCGACAAUGAGGAGAACUACAUGAAGCAUGAAGCCGACAUGCAGGCAGUGGGGCAGGUGGGGAAGCUGGGCCAGGUGUUGAGGAUCAUGAGACUGAUGCGGAUAUUUCGAAUUUUGAAGCUCGCACGACACUCCACGGGUCUGCGGGCGUUUGGCUUCACCUUGCGCCAGUGCUACCAACAAGUGGGCUGCCUCUUCCUCUUCAUUGCCAUGGGCAUCUUCAGCUUCUCAGCCAUGGUGUACACCGUGGAGCAUGACAUGCCGCAGACUAACUUCACCAGCAUCCCUCAUGCGUGGUGGUGGGCAGCUGUCAGCAUCUCCACGGUGGGCUAUGGGGACGUCUACCCUGAGACCAUCCUGGGCCGCCUCUUCGCUUUCAUCUGCAUCUCUUUUGGGAUCAUCCUCAACGGUCUGCCCAUUUCCAUCCUCUUCAACAAGUUCUCAGACUAUUACUCCAAACUCAAGUCCAAUCAGUACACGGCCUCCCUGAAGAACCGAGGGAAGGUCAGGUUUGCCAAAAGGACGGUGAAGAAGCUCAGGAACUGCCUGGGAAACUAA